AUGGACCUGCUGCCGGGCUGGGUGCGCAACGCCCUGCCCGCGGACGAGUCGGCCUUCGGCACGGGCUUUGCGCAGUCGUUCCUGCUCAUCCUGGCGUGCGAGCUGGGCGACCGCACCUUCUUCGUGGCCGCCAUCCUGGCGAUGCGCUCGUCGCGCCUCGUCGUGUGGGCCGGCGCCCUGGCCGCCCUCGCCGCCAUGACCGUGCUCUCGGCCGCCAUCGGCAAGGCCUUCCCGCUCGUCCUCGACAAGCGCUGGACCGGCCUCGCCGCCGCACUCCUCUUCGCAUACUUCGGCGUCCAGCUCCUCCGCGACUGGUGGCGCCUCCGCGGCGAGCGCCCCGAGGAGAACGAGGAGCUCGCAGAGGUCGAGGAGGAGCUCAACCAUGACCACCCCGCAAAGAAGACACACGUCGCCAGGCACGCCGCCCUCGCCCUGUUCAGCCCCAUCUUCGUCAAAGCCUUCACCAUGACCGGCCUCGCCGAGUGGGGAGACCGCAGCCAGAUCGCUACCAUCGCCCUUGCCGCAUCGAGGAACUUGUACGGCGUCAUUUUGGGCGGCGUCCUGGGGCACGCCAUUUGUACCGGCCUGGCCGUCGUGGGCGGCAGGCUGCUCGCUACUAAGAUUUCGGAAAAGGCCGUCGCUCUCGUGGGCGGCAUCCUGUUUAUUAUUUUCGCCAUCAUCACGGCCAGCGGCGAGUUGGACUGACCCCUAUUGCGUCAACCCCACCCCACCGUGUUGAGAGAGAGCCCUUACAGUUUUUGUUUUGCUUUUGUUUCCGCGUGAAACGCCGGUGCGGGUGGGCCGGGCCGCCGUCUUAGGGAGUGAGUUGCCAACCGAGUUAGUGGUGAUGCGCAGAUGUACCUUCUAAUAAAAACAAUCGUUUAACUUG